AUCACAGGGAGGCUGACCUGACGAACAAUAAGGUGAAGCGUUAGCUCGCAAAAGGAAAAGCAGCAUGCAUGAGCAUGAGCAGCAACUUUUUUGCCUCAUGUGGAUAAAUAUGUCUGGCGCGCCCGUACGGGACCCAUGUUGCAGAGGGACGCAGAGGUCGCAGAAGUCGCGGAAUGGUGUGAGCGAAACGGGUAGGGCGAGGUAGCUAGAGUGGAGAUCUACAGGAAACAAGCUUACUCCCACGCAGUACGACGAGGCUUUCUCACGCGCACCCUUUCGCUUUCCUAUCCCGGAGGACGACCAGACAACGACAAGGUGAAAAUGGCGGACAGUCUCAAUCCCCCCGAUGAAAGCCACAAUUACGAUCAGGAACAUGAAACCCCCUUGCCAAGUUGGAACACGCUGGAUUUCGGUGCGGGUAUGCAAGAGCUGACUAUUCUGCGCGCUAUUGAGGAAUACUUGACCUAUCACGGAUUCGAGAAGUCGCUGAAGACACUAAAGAAGGAAGCGACAUCGCUGAACUCCAAUCAUGCGGCAGCGAGCUCGCAGUCGUACACGCCGGAAGCUCUGCUCGAGGCAUUUGACUCCGGUAUAGCAAUCACUAUAGGCACGUGCAUUUGAAGCAUGUAUAGCUGCGUCUGUCACUGUCUGUCGAUUUCAAUUUAUUCCGUUGGCUGCGAAAAGGAAAACAAUGAAAGUAAAACUUCUCUACUUCAGGCGACAGCGUGCGGUUUUUCCGAGGCUGGCGCCGACUGGAGCAGGCUAGUGCAGCGGCGACCAACUCAGUUUCCCAUCUUUCUUCGCUCGAGUUGCGGUUGCGUGUGUACUUUGCCAUCCUGCCCAUGCGCAAGCGGCUGCAGAACAACGAGAAGUUUCCGCGACAGAAGCAGGGCGAGUUCGAGGAACUGAAAGAAUACUUGGCCGAGCACCAAGACGAGGACGGCUCCAUGGUGGCGUUCUACGCUUUGCCGUUUGUGCCGACGCCACACCAACACCCAGAACUCAAGCACAUCUUCGCGCAGAAGUGGGUUGAUGACCUCCGAGCAGAAACGUCCAAGGUGCUGCACGAGUUUCCCUCCUCUGCGCAAAAUGCCCCAAGGUGCGUCGUCCUACUGCUUGUUUACUAUGUAUCUUCUUGCACGACACUGAUCAUAAAUGGGAUUCCUAGAUAGUAAGACGAAAUUAGAGCAUUCCUUACGAAUUAUAAAUAUACACUUUGCAACGUGUUUUGCAACGGCUUCAUUCCCGACUAGGUAUCCCUUCCUGUACGCGUUGAUCGAGGGACCAGUAGCUGGCAGUGCCAGCUCUCUGUAUCCGGUGCGGGAUCUUCUGCAGAUUUCGGAGCUGGCGCUGAAGCACAUGGGCGAGGCACUGCAGCAGUCCAACAGCAGCAGCGACGAGCACCUCGGAGCCGGGCUCCUCCCGCAGCUAGCAGAUCGGUAUCAGUACGGAGGCUCGAGUUCCAGUACGUCGGCAAACCCCACCAGAAACGGGCAGCCUGGAACACAACUCCCAGCUUCCUCGUCCGCAGGAGGUGGCGGAGGUGCCAAGCAGUGGGAGGCGUACGAAGACCUCAAGCGCAAACUCAACGGCGUCGUGCAGCAGCUCUACUCGCGGCGUGGUUCCAUGAUGCUCUUCGAAGCCGACAGCGCGCGCGCCAACAUUAAAAGCCGCGGAGCGCUGGUGUCUCGGGGGGUACACAGUCGGCAGUCCCUGUACAGCCGCUACGGCGCGCGGCCGAGUCGGCAGUCAACCUUGUACUCGCGGUCCGGGUCGCGGUCCCGCACGCUCGGGAUCAUGGCUGCGCAGGCCAACAGCGGCGGGGCCAGCAUCGAGCAAAUCGGUCCUUGCGCGCGGUUUGAUUUCCAGCGGAUUCGGACUGCGCUGCAAAACCCGCCGCCAAACAGCCCGGCGACCCUCCAGAACGACCUUUUCAUCAGUAUCUUAAAGCACUGCUGCUCCGCCUUCGAUCCUCUGGCCGACCGCCGCGCGUUCCUCCAUGGCAUCUGCUGUUUCGACAUCUUGCACGUCGGGGCGUCCGCAAGUGCGGAUACUGGAGCUGGACCACUGACUAGUACUAAUUACUCGAUUCUGAAAGUCAAAUCUCUUUCUGUUUUUCCCAUGAUUCUAUAUGAAGAAGAAAGUCCUGAAACUCCUGAAGGAAGUGUUUAAAGCGCGAAUCGAUCAUCUUCAUCCAGGCACCGGUGACCCGGCGUCCAGCGCUUUUGCGUCCUUUUUGCAGCUGGACGCGUGCAUUGCUUUGAUCGCCGUGAUAGCGUGUGAAGCCGGCGGGCGCGUGUACCUGUCGCAAAACCCAUCCCUGUUAAUCCGCGGGCUGAUGCAGCACCUGGGUCGGUCCGACAACACGGAGCUUCAGGCACUGGUGGCGUUGCAAAGGCUAUCACUGUCGCAAAAGAUGCAGGAAGCCAUGAUCUGUGACGAGCAGCUGAUGAGCUGGAUUUUGGGGGAGUUUCGCGAGUUCAUUCUGUUCUCGUCCUCCGCCUCCAAUUCUCUAAACCCGACACCAAUGGGCAGCAGCAGUGGGAAACUACUUCGUUCGUCUUCCUCCAACAACGCAAACGGUGCAACUGCGCCUCCACCUCCUGGUGGCACGAUACGUAAUGUAUCCACUGGAGAAGUAUCACGCAACUCGUGAAAAUUGCAGGCUGGCUGCAUGACAGAAGGUCCGCUUUUUCUUGCCCACCUGGUGAACUUGCAGCACAACCUCUGGAUAAAUUUGUAAUGUAGUCUCUACGAAGUGCGAUACUUUUCCAAUGCAUAGCACAGCAACGCGAACAACUCUGCGAGCUCCUCGAGCAGUUUGUGGCACCAGCAAGACCGCCUCUCGGCCUCCCAUUCCUCCGGAAGUGGUGGCGGCGCCAUCGCGGCUACUGGUAGUCUGGUGAUCACGGGGCAAGGCAACCAGCCAGAGCAGAUGAGCGCACCUUCGCAGCAAGAGCAGCACCAUUUGAUGAGUCGAGCAGGAGCAGGGUUAUUACCCAGUGCAGAUGCGGUUUCGCACGAAACCUUUAUGCAGAUGGCGCACAUCGUGCACACGGAUGACCCUUCGCGGCCGUCCCGCGGGACGCUGAUUUCAGAAAUUACACUGGAAUUCGGCAGUGCGCUGUUGAUGAAUUUGGCGUUGCGGAAGGCGGGCAAAAAUCAGCUCGAAAAGAUUCCGUCGACGCUGCCCGUGUUGGCGGCUCUGAUGCUGUGUCCUCACAUAGACUCCCAGGUUCGCACGUACGCAAACGGCACGCUGUACUCUCUGCUUGGAAGGCCGCACUUUCGCCAAGAAGCGGAAAGAAUUGGGUUUCGCAGCAUUCUGGAAAAGAAGCAGAAGCUGCACCAAACGAUACAGAAUCAGGCCGACUCAAGUUGUGCAGGUGGGGUAACAAGCAGCGGACAGCAGCACCAGGACAACACCUCGGAGCUCGGAAGGCAAGUAGACUGCCUUCUGGAGCUAUCAGCAGAAAAAAAACCACCCACAUCAAUUUUUUGCAUGACAAACGCCUGAUUUGAUACGUGUUUUACAUGACGAAUUGGAUGUGGAUGAGUUUUUUGCUGUGGAUAUGAACAGUUUUCGAAGAGCGCGGAUGCGGCCAUACUAGAAGAGGAAGUAUCCGAGUGUAGUUUUCGCUUUUAGCCGACACGCAGCACACGUGCAAGACGCUCCGUCAUCACCACUUCACGUGGUGACCACGACUACUUUCUUUGCAUAUGAAGCGGAAUCCUCUCAGAUCCUCCUUUAUUUAGUACAUAGAGAAAUGAAAAUGAAUAUACAUGCAUAUUGUAUAGUGCCCGUGGAGGUACGUCGGGUGUGUGCAGUCACCGUGUGUCUGUGUCGUCGUGCGGUAGCGGUGACGAGUUUCUGUUGCAUAAGGAGAAGAAGAGAUUGACGAGGGAGACGAGGAGUGCUUUCUGGCCGAGGAAGAGCUCUCUGCGUGGGUGAUUCCCCCGAAUUCCAAGGUAUCCGAGCUGUUGUCGGAACAAUUCGCGAUCGCCCCUCUGAGCAGCUCCGCCUUGUCCAACAGCGGCACAAGCUCCAUGGCAGCUGGCGGAAGUGCGAGCAAGACGAGAUCCAGUAAUAACACCAACAUCAACAACAGCAGCAGUCUCACCGCCGGCUCUUUACUACUAGCUGCAGGCAGUAGUGCUGGAAUUGGUACGAACGCAAACAGCCUGGAAGCGAACAACGCGCGCGUGUUUGCCCAGUUCCUCGAGAACAUGCACGCUCACAUUCGGCAGACGCGUGAAGCGGGGCAACGGAACCGCGGGAAGAUUUCCUCGCACACCUCGACGUCGCAGAGCAGCAGCUCGUCGGGGGUAAAUAACAACAACCAAGCGGUCAGCUCCGUCUCCAUGUCCAGUGCUGCAAACAGCGGUGGUGCGACGACUUCAGUGACGACACAAAACAGAAGUCUGAACACCAAUGGCACGGCUACAUCGAGUGUGGCGUCCAAUCCAAAUGCCUUCGCACCCAUCGUCCCUUUCUCGAGUGCAGGUGGGGCCACUUCUACCGCGCUCGGGUUGGACGUAGUAGAUCAGCAUACGUCGAGCAGAACUGCAGCGGGGGGAGGUGUAGACGGAGCAAGUAUACAGCAGAGCAGCAGCUCCUUGGGUGGGCCACCGUCUGUGUUAACGAACGUGAUGAACACGUCUGCGCGAAACUUCGACUUUAACACGAGCGGAAACAAAAAUCUUCUGCACGGCUCAGCGAACCACGGAGGAGGCCCCAGCAUCAGCAACGGCGGCGUGCUAAUUCAGGGAUCGAGCCUCGUCGCGAACUCUGCUGGGCUGUUAGUGAACUCCAUGCAGCGGAACUCUGGUGCGCACCACGGCGGCGCGUCGGCCUUACCGGCCACAGGCGAGCACCACCACGAGCACAACUACCAUCAUCCGUCUCAUCUGGGCGCGUCCACGUCUUCGUCCAGAGGCGGCUUUUCCACACGUGGCGCGUCGUCCCUGCGUGGAGGGCCCAACAGCAGCAGCGUCAUGAACCAGAGCAACAACAGCAACAUGCGCAUCAUGAACUCCUCAAGUAAGAUGAACACGCCCGCUGAUGAGCCGGAACUUACUGUGUCAGGAGAACCACCAUCGUACCACAACUUUCAAGGCCCGGCGGUUGCUACCGACCAUGCAGGCGGUCAGAAGAAAAAAUCAAGCUAUGGUACUGGGCAGUGGAAAUAGAGUCAGGCAGCUCUUGAAUUUCUUGCUUUACUCACCUCACUCUCGCAACAAAACUCACUGCUUCCUUCUUUUCAUAUGACAAAUUUAGUGUGCUUCAUUUGAUUUGUAAAUGCAUUUUUUACGUGACACGGAUCGUACUGACUCUGACACCGACAUGAUGAAGCUGGAACUGAGCAGUCCCCUAGAACCCGUGACCACUACACUUAAUUCUACAUUUGAGUGAUUGAUUCUCUCACUUUCCACAGGGCUUUUUGGUGGUGCAGGGCCAGGCGCAAAGCAUCAGCAGGACACUGGUGCAGGAGGCAAGAGUGCGACCACCAAGAGGAAAACCGGCCCCACGGCGAACUCGUCCACGCAACCAACGAAGGCAAAAACAGAGAACAAGCCCAAACCACGUGGCGGCUUUUUCGGUCUGGGGAGACAAUGAAUAGAAAAUCGCAACAGUAGAAGUAGAGCUCUUACAACUACGCCCCACUUGAAAAUUAGUGACUGUGGCCACCGCAUGCUCUCAACCAGAGCUAAAAUGAUCUCGUCAUCGUGGUCGACCGUACGCAGAGCUUGUCCGUUAUUUUCUCUUCGCAUUUCUUCGCAUGGAGAUGUUUCACUGACAACCACUUCAAGCUCGACUUCGUAGCAUAUUAGCAGCUCUUCCUUAGUAUCUAGGUAUUCACCAGAAAAUCCAGAUAGCUUCUGGGUCUUCUCUGGCACAAUUAGAACAAGUAGCAGCAACUACUACGUGCAGAGCUAUUAAAGAUAAAGCGAACAGCCUUAACUUUUUGUAUUCAGGACUAGAUCUUCAUUUUCCACUUUCACUUUUUGUUCUAGCUCACGUAGCAGGUGCGUACCAUUUUACGUACCUUCGUUGCGCGGCUGCAUACCUUUGAACUAUUUGCAUUUGCUUGACCUUGACGCGUAGUCUGAUAUGACAACUGGUGUUUUUGCCACUGAUGCUUGCUUGUUGAUGUUUCUGUAGCUAGUGAUGUGUUUGACUACUUCGAAUUCAUCAACCUGUAUCUGACUUGUGCGCUCUGUAGUUGAUCACGCCUUGUGUUUUAUGUUUUGCGAUUUUAGUUCUUUGUGCAUUGAUUCUCUCGACCAUGAUACACUGAUGUUUCUUUGACGCUCGUCGUCGCGCUCUUUCUGCUGCUUCUGAGAACUAGCGGAGGCGCGGUUCUGAAGCUGAUUCAGAUUAGUGCAUGUUGUUCGUGGCUUGCAUCAGAGUUGGCCCGGGAUCGAU